AUGGAGAACGUCGAUCAGCUGUUUUAUCCGCUCAACAUCGACCCGUACCACAACGGUAGGCGGCUGUCCUCCACGUCCUCCCCUUGUCCCGCUCUCUUCGCACGCACUGACCACCGACAUCCAACAGCGCAGCCUAAUGUAUAUGAUUUCUACCAGCGUCGUCCCUCCCCAGCCAAUCAAACGCCCUCCCACCCCCCGUCGGAGCCAGUAGCCGUCCCGCUUGAGCCUCCUGCACAGCCUGCUCAUCCACAGCAGCUUCCAGAUGCCUUGCCCGCUCCCAUCGACGACGAACCCCUCUAUGUCAACGCAAAGCAGUACUAUCGCAUCCUCAAGCGUCGCGUGGCUCGCGCUAGGUUAGAGGAGGUACACAGGCUCUCAAGGCAGCGAAAGCCUUAUCUUCACGAGUCCCGCCACAAACACGCCAUGCGACGACCGCGCGGGCCAGGCGGGCGUUUCCUCACCGCUGACGAGAUCGCCGCUCAAAAGGCUGCACAA